GCGGUUGAUUUCAUUUUUCAAAGACCUACCAAAGAAAGGGGUAGAAGCAUGGCCGAUCCGUACUGGAGACGCGGUGCACCCUCAGACAGAGGCAGCAUUCCAAGGUCCAGCUUUCCAGGCUACUUGCCGCUCGAUCCAUCUGUAUCAGCAGCUCAUCAUUUGUGGGGCACUAACGAUUUGCAUGGCGCUCCUUCAGAUUACCCACCAAAGGAUAUCUUACCAGUGUGGCCUGGGGCUCAUGACUUUGAUGAUAUUAUGGGUAUCAGAGUUCCCCCAAAACCUGUAAUUGGUGGAUUCACUGCCACAACAAACAUUAAGGGCUACCCAAAUCCUGUAGAAGAUCCAAAUUUAAUAGGUCAAAGGCGAGAUGUUGCAUAUGGUAUUAGUCCAGGCAUUCCAGAUAUUGAAAGGCCCAGUUCUUUGGGAAAUGUUGAAAGCCUUCCACCCCCUGUGCAGGAAUCAAAUAUUCUUUUUGUUGACGGGCUUCCAAAAGACUGUACCAGACGAGAAGUUGGCCAUCUUUUCCGACCGUUUAUUGGUUUUAAAGAAAUCAGAGUUGUUCAUAAGGAGCCCAGACAUAGUGGAGAUAAGGCCAUGGUUUUGUGCUUUGUUGAGUUUAAUGAUGCAAGUUGUUCUCGGACUGCUUUAGAAGCCCUUCAAGGCUACAAGUUUGAUGACAAGAAACCCGAUUCCCCUACCUUAAGGAUCCAGUUUGCGCAUUUCCCAUUCCGUCUACCAUCUGAUCUUGGGGUCCCUCUCUCUCUCUGACCCACAAAUGCACAGCUGGGAUGAAAGGCAAUCUGAUUUGCAUCCAAUUGGUUAUAAUACAGAAUAAAAUUGAUGAGCUUCUACAUCAACGAUUACAGAAUUCUGGGCAUUUUCAAAACGUAAACUAUAGAAGGUUCUUAUAUGCUGCCUUAUAUAUUGUUCAUAAGUAGGUAAUGUUAGACUCUUCACCAAAAUCAUCAUAUGAGAACUGUACACAAAUGGCUCGAUCCGGGUGAUCCAAUUUACCCUUAAUCUUGACUCAGCUAUCUGAUUUUAUUAUCGUUGGGAGACAUCAGCUAUGCUAUUUGAUUGAAGUAUCUUAUAUUGCCGUACCA